AGUUCAAACUGGUGUUUUUGCUUUCGCUGAGGUGUGUUUACCUUGCCAAGGGAGGUCCUAGUUCAUCGUCCCUUGACUCCUGAAGGCCUGGCCGAGGCCCCUCCCCCUAGCGGGGCUCACAGACCUGAAGUGGCCCCCCCAUCGUCCGUGUCCGGCGGUUGGGGACAUGGUCCCGCUGCAGCUGAGCCUCCCCCUCUGAGGCCUCACUGGAGGUGCUUGCAUUUCGGGAACAAAAGGGCUCUUCUGUCUGAGGAGCUCAGAGAUGUUCCAGAAGAUUCCAUAGGAGGAACAGGCGGUCAGGAAUCAUGUGGCUGGAAAUUCUCCUCGCCUCAGUGCUGGCCUUUGUCGUCUACUGGUUUGUUUCCCGGGACAAGGAGGAAACACUGCCACUGGAAGAUGGGUGGUGGGGCCCCGGGGCGAGGCCCACGGCCCCAGAGGACGAGAGCAUCCGCCCUUUCAAGGUGGAGACGUCAGACGAGGAGAUCAAGGACUUGCACCGCAGGAUCGACGGGACCCGUUUAACCCCACCUUUGGAGGACAGCCGCUUCCAUUAUGGCUUCAACUCCAACUACCUGAAGAAGAUCCUCUCCUACUGGCGGAAUGAAUUUGACUGGAGGAAGCAGGUGGAGAUGCUCAACAGGUACCCUCACUUCAAGACCAGGAUCGAAGGGCUGGACAUCCACUUCGUCCAUGUGAAGCCGCCCCAGCUGCCGCCCGGCCGCACCCCCAAGCCCCUGCUCAUGGUACACGGCUGGCCCGGCUCCUUCUACGAGUUUUAUAAGAUCAUCCCCCUCCUGACUGACCCCGCGAACCACGGCCUGAGCGAGGAGCACGUGUUCGAAGUCAUCUGCCCUUCCAUUCCUGGCUACGCCUUCUCGGAGGCAGCCUCCAAAAAGGGCUUGAAUUCAGUGGCCACCGCCAGGAUCUUUUACAAACUGAUGCUGCGGCUGGGCUUCCAGGAGUUCUACAUUCAGGGCGGGGACUGGGGGGCCCUGAUCUGCACCCACAUGGCCCAGAUGGUGCCCAGCCGUGUGAAAGGCCUGCACUUGAACAUGGCUUUCAUUUUAAAUGGCCGCAUCCUGACCCUCUUCCUGGCUCGGCAUUGCCCGGGGCUCUUCGGUUUCACCCAGAGGGACAUGGAGCUGAUGUUGCCUUUCAAGGAGAAGAUUUUCUACAGACCGCUGCGGGAGAGCGGCUACAUGCACAUCCAGAGCACCAAGCCCGACACCGUGGGCUGCGCUCUGAACGACUCUCCCGCGGGCCUGGCUGCCUACAUCCUGGAGAAGUUUUCGACCUGGACCGAUUCUGAGUUCCAAGAGCUGGAGGACGGGGGCCUGGAGAGAAAGUUCUCCCUGGACGACCUGCUGACCAACGUCAUGCUCUACUGGACAACUGGCACCAUCACCUCCUCCCAGCGCUUCUACAAGGAGAACAGGGGGCAGCUCUUCAAGCAGGAUCGGGUCAAGGUGUCGGUGCCCACCGGCCUGGCCGCCUUCCCGUGUGAGCUGAUGCACGUACCGGAGAGGUGGGUGAAGGGCAAGUAUCCGAGGCUCGUGUCGUACUCCUACAUGCCCCGCGGGGGCCACUUUGCCGCCCUCGAGGAGCCGGGGCUGCUGGCCCGGGACAUCCGCAAGUUCGUGGGGCUGCUCGAGCUGCCCUGAUGCCGCGGGGGUGGCCCCCGGGGCCGAGUCUCCCUCCCGCCAGCCGCUGCCUCCCAGUGCGGCCCCCCAGCCCUUCCCUGCCCCCCCCCCCCCCCGUCUUCUCCUGGCGAAGGUGUAUCCCCCCCCCCGCCCCCUCCCCUGCCCGUCCUGAGCCCCGCGCGCGCUGCACGCACCCUCCCACAUGCAGGUGGAUGCUGAUAAAUGAUUUUAGUCCUCA